ACUCCCCUUAUAUACUCAACAAGUUCCUUACACCCAAGAAGAAAAGAAAGAGUGUAGUUGCAAACAUGAGAGCUGGAAUUUGCACUAUACAACUUCAAGCUCUUAGCGUCGAGGCCGAGGCGACCGUGAAGCAAGCCAUCGGCCUCGCACGACGUCGAGGCCACGCCCAUGUCACCCCUCUCCAUGUUGCUAGCGCCAUGCUCGUUUCCUCCUCCGGCCUCCUUCGUAGAGCUUGUCUUCAUUGCCAUUCUCAUCCUCUCCAAUGCAAAGCUCUCGAGCUUUGCUUCAAUGUCGCUCUCAAUCGUCUCCCUACGUCGACACCGAACCCACUCUUUGGCCCACAAUAUCCAAAUCCUUGCCUUUCCAAUGCUUUGGUUGCCGCUUUCAAACGAGCACAAGCACACCAACGUCGCGGCUCUAUUGAAAACCAACAACAACACCAACAACAACAACCGAUUUUAGCUUUGAAGAUCGAGUUGGAGCAACUCAUAAUCUCGAUCUUGGAUGACCCAAGUGUUAGUAGAGUCAUGAGAGAAGCUGGUUUCUCUAGUAUACAAGUAAAAAACAACGUUGAAAAAGCUCUUUCCUUGGAGGAAUACAACAAUGAAAGACACUACUUUUGUGAAAAAAAUUGGAACUUGAUACCCACAAACACUUCAACCCCUCCAAAUCUUGCCAUAAACACCUCUAAAUCAAUACCCUUUACCCAAUUUGGUAUCAAUGCCACCCCCAAUCACCAAAAAGAGAUAUCAAACGUCUUAGAACAGAUAUCAAUCAGAAUCAGCCAAGGCAGAAGAAUCAUCAACACAGUGAUCAUAGGCGAGAGUUUGGGCAUAGCUGAAGCAAUGAUAAGAGGAGCAAUGGAGAAAUUUGAGAAAGGGGAAGUCCCAAAAGAGCUAAAAGACGUAGAAUUCUUAAGCCUUCCUCUGUUUUCAUUAAGGAACCUUUCAAAGGAGGAGAUAGAACAGAAGGUUUUGGAGCUGAAAUGCAUCGUUAAAAGCUGUAUGGGCAAAAGGGUUAUCUUUUAUUUGGGAGAUCUCAAAUGGGUCGCAGAGUUUUGGUCAAAUUAUGAACAGAGAAGCCAUUACAGCCCUGUGGAGCAGCUGAUAAUGGAGCUUAAAACACUGAUAUUCCAUGGAAAUAAUGAAGGAUUUGGAAGAUUUUGGGUUAUGGGUAUUGCCACUUUUCAAAUUUAUAUGAAAUGUAAGGCUGGUCGGCCUUCUUUGGAGUCGCUUUGGUCACUUCAGCCUCUUGCUGUUCCUGUUGGCAGUUUGAGUCUAAGUCUCAGCUUUGAAAGCCAAGAAUGUAAUUUUCCAACAAUUUUCCAACCGUUCGAUGCGAGAAAAAGUGACGUAAUUACCGACGAACAGGACGAGACAUGUGAUAAUUUCGGUCACUAUAACUUUCUUGGCCUCAAACAGUCUCCAAAAGAGUAUCAAUUCUGGGAUGAGAACCCGGAACGAGACGUCGUUUCGAAGCCGGAUCUCCUCUCGAACCCCAAUUCGAGCCCGAACUCAGCUUCCACAAGUGAAGUGGUAAUGGAGGAAGAAGAUCAAGAGGAUGAUUGUUUGAAAACCAUUCCCAAUUGCUCAAACCACAAAGUUGAUGAAAUCUCAGCCACAAUCCUCCAAUGCAGGUCCAAGAACAGCAAGAACAGCUAUCAUAAUCAUCAUGAUCAUCAAGAAAGUUGCUGCCUUUUGUUCAUAGGAAAUGAAGAACAAAGCCAAUCCAAAGAACAAACAGCAAGAGAAUUAGCCAAAUUCUUCUUUGGAUCACAAACAAAACUCAUAUCCAUCAGUUUGAGCAGCUUCAAUCAUGAAAAAUCACAAGAACACAGCAAAAAAAGGACCAGAGACGAACUGGGUAGCAGUUAUUUACAGAGAUUUGCAGAGGCAGUGAAUGAAAAUCCUCAUAGACUGUUCUUCAUGGAAGAUAUUCAACAAAUUGAUCACUGUUCCUUAAUGGGUAUUAAAGAAGCCAUUCAAAAGGGAAGUGUGAAGCUUUCUGAUGGGGAAUUUUGUCCCCUAAAGGACGCGAUUAUCGUCUUCGACGCCGAAGAACGGACCAUUAAACAAGAACAAGAACAAGAACACCAACACGAACGAUUUGUUUCAUUGGAUUUGAACAUAGCCGUAGAAGAUUCAAAUGGAGACAGAAUCAGAUGGAUCAUGGAAGAAUUUGUGGAUGGGAAGAUUUUAUUUUCAUAAUUAUUAGAAAGCUUUAAUUUUGGGAUUAGUUUUUUUUUUUUUUUCUUUUGUUGGGAUGAAUGUAAAUGUGUAAAUUAUUAAUGCAAAUUCUCUUGGGAUUUUCA